AUGGCCGACUUCAACAUGUAUCACGCCCUCGGGGCGCACUCGCCCGGCGCGAACGGCCAGCAGCCGUCCCCCCAGCAGAACCAGAAUCAAUACCGCCCGCCCGUCGCUCCGAGCCCCAGCGGCUACCAGCAAUCUGGCUCGUCGUACGCCAAUGCCCCUCCGAACCAGUACGGCACACCGCAACAACCCCACGCCGGCACCCCUCAGCAAGAGCAGGGCUACUUUCCCGCGCAGCCUUCGCCCGGCCAGGCGGACAUGUCGGGAUUGACGCAGCAGAUGGGCGGCAUGGGACUCGGUGUGGACGCUCAAGGCCAGGCGCAAGCACACAGGCCUCACAAGAAGAAGGACAGGCACGCCUACCACCAGCUUGACGCUGCUGGGAGCUCGCAGGCCUACAGCGGGAUCCCUCAAGGAGGCGCGACCACCCCGUCGCAGUUCCUCAACCAGCCCAUAACCCCCGCCAUGAACCAGUUCCCCGCCGCUGCCAGCAACUUUGUCCCCGGGAGCCCCGCCACGCCCAUGCAGCAUGCCGCUCGCGGCGGCACCUUCAAUGGCUCCGUUGCGUCCUCUGCUCAGGGCAAGGUGGAUCCCGAACAGAUCCCCAGUGUCCCCCGGGCUCGCGACGUCCCAGCGCAGUUCUACCAAGAGAACGUGUAUCCGACCAUGGAGCAGCAUCUGCCUCCGCCGGCCGCCAUUCCUUUCGUCGCCUUCGAUCAGGGCAAUUCGGCGCCGCGAUUCGCCAGGCUCACCUUGAACAGUAUACCCCAGUCUGCGGAUGCGCUCGCCUCGACCGCUCUUCCCCUCGGCCUCGUGCUACAACCGCUCGCGGCGCCGCAAGAAGGAGAACAGGCCGUCCCGGUGCUGGACUUUGGAGAGUCGGGGCCGCCCAGGUGCAGGAGAUGCCGGGCGUACAUCAAUCCCUUCAUGACCUUCAGGUCCGGAGGCAACAAGUUCGUCUGCAACAUGUGCACCUUCCCCAACGACGUGGCGCCCGAGUACUUUGCCCCGACAGAUCCCUCCGGCAUUCGCGUCGACCGUCUGCAGAGGCCGGAGCUUACGUUGGGAACCGUGGACUUCAUGGUCCCGAAGGAAUACUGGUCGAAGGAGCCCGUGGGCCUCCGCUGGCUGUUCCUGGUCGAUGUCAGCGCCGAGGCCGUGAACAAGGGCUUCCUCGACGGCUUCUGCGAGGGAAUCAUGAGCGCGCUCUACGGGAGCGAAGGCGAGGGCGGAGAGCAGAACGGAGCGGGCUCGAAGAAACUGCCAAAGGGCGCCAAGGUGGGAAUCGUGACUUACGACAAGGAGAUCCACUUCUACAAUCUGAGCCCGAGCCUGGACAAGGCGCAGAUGAUGGUCAUGCCGGACAUCGAGGACCCCUUCGUCCCGCUCAGCGAGGGCCUCUUCGUCGAUCCGGAAGAGUCCAAGUCCGUCAUCACCGCGUUGUUGACGCAACUGCCCACCAUGUUCUCGCAGAUCAAGAACCCGGAGCCUGCUCUGCUCUCGACUCUUCACUCCGCCUUGGACGCAUUGCAGGCGACCGGCGGCAAGAUUGUCUGCUCGCUCGCAACCCUGCCCACAUGGGGCCCCGGUCGCCUGUUCCUCCGCGACGACGGCAAGGGCCACGGGACGGACGCAGAGAAGAAGCUGCUUACCACCGAGCAUCCCGGUUACAAAAAGAUCGGGGCGAAGCUUUGCGAGGCUGGCAUCGGUAUCGACUUCUUCCUGGCCGCGCCUAGCGGCGGGUAUCUCGACGUCGCUACGAUAGGCCACGUCGCAGAAGUCACCGGAGGCGAGACCUUUUACUACCCCAACUUCCACAGCCCUCGGGAUACUCUCAAGCUCUCUCAGGAGAUCAGACAUACCGUCACUCGCGAAACCGGAUACCAAGCUCUCAUGAAGGUCCGCUGCUCGAACGGUCUGCAAGUCUCCGCCUACCACGGCAACUUUUACCACCACACGUUCGGUGCCGACCUCGAGUUCGGCGUCAUCGACGCGGACAAGUCGAUCGGUGUCAUGUUCAGCUACGAUGGCAAGCUGGAUCCCAAGCUUGACGCCCACUUCCAGAGCGCGCUGCUGUACACGACCGCGAGUGGCGAGAGGAGAGUGAGGUGCUGCAAUCUCGUUGCUAGCGUCAACGACAAUCCCGUCGAGACGAUGAAGUGCGUCGACCAGGAUGCCGUCGUCAACAUCAUCGCCAAGGAAGCCGCGUCGCGCAUGGCGGAGCGCUCUCUCAAGGACAUCAGGAAUGCCAUUACGGAGAAGACGGUUGACAUUCUGGCCGCCUACCGUAAGAACUUCUCGCACGGCCACCCCCCAGGCCAGCUCGUCCUGCCCGAGCAUCUCAAGGAAUUCAGCAUGUACAUGCUGGGCCUGAUCAAGUCUCGCGCUUUCAAGGGCGGCAAGGAGCCGACGGAUCGCCGCGUGUACGACGCACGCAUGCUCAAGUCCAUGGGCCCUACCGAGCUCUCUCUCUACCUCUAUCCCCGCAUCUACUCUCUACACAACCUCGAACCCACCGAAGGCUUUGCCAACGAGAGCGGGCGGCUGCUCAUGCCGUCGGGUGUGCGCGCCACCUACUCCAAGAUUGAAGAGGGCGGUGCCUACCUCGUGGACAACGGGCAACAAGUCAUCCUCUGGCUUCACGCUGCCGUGUCGCCGAACCUGCUCGAGGAUCUGUUCGGGCCUGGUGUCAACGACCUGCGGGCUCUCAACCCCUUCCUGAACAACUUCCCCGUCCUCGAAACCCACCUCAACGCCCAAGUUCGCAACAUCAUGCAGUACCUCGAGCAGGUUCGCGGCAGCAAGGCCGUCACUCUCCAACUUGCAAGACAAGGACUCGAUGGUGCAGAGUACGAGUUCGCCAGGCUGCUGUACGAGGACCGGAACGGAGAGGCACAGAGUUAUGUUGAUUGGCUGGUCCACGUGCACCGUAAUAUUCAGCUCGAGGUAAGUUUAUGA